UUUGAAGCAAAUAUAUUUUAUUAUCGUAACAUUGUUUCUGAAUCGUAAUAUUAGUUGGACACGUUAUUCUUGUCAAAAGUUUUUAAAUUUUUUUGUAUACAACACUGCGAAUUUUGUUUUUGACAAAUCGAAGAGACUUUUUGACGUGCCUUUUAUCACGGAGAAUUUGUGCGAUUUGCAAAACAUUGACCGGUACGGUUUUGUAGUGACUAGCAUUGGUGAAGGAGGUUUUCUUAGGAAGAGUGGUGUAAUUAAAUAAUAUCAAGAUGUUAGCACCGCCCGGGGCACAUUCUAAUAUACAUGGCAAUGACUUAGCUGAUGAAAAAGAGGUAAAUGAAUGGACUCGUUUUGGAUUUCGCAUUGCUGUUGGUGCGGCGCUACAUCCUUUUGAAUAUGCUAAAGUCUUGGCUCAACUUGGUUAUGAACCAAUUGCUCCGCGCCCUGGAAAGUCCCUGCUUGGCAAAGAUAUAUUAGUUUUGCCAAAUAUGUUUCAAUAUGUGGGUUAUAUACGAAGAAUGGACGGUUUCUAUGGAAUGUAUCGUGGACUUUCUCCAAAAAUAUUUGGCAAUCUACUUGCAUUUGUUUGCAGUGAAAAAGUAAUUACAGCUUUUAAAUUACCUACAGCUGAAGAAUGUAAAUUGAAGGAUGAUGUUGACUUAAGUGAUGAGGAGCUGUAUUUACAAUUUAAAUUAAAUUUAAAACGCGAUUUAGUAAUUAGUAUGACAAGCAUUAUUGUAUGCCAACCCUUUCACGUGAUUUCCCUACGAAUGAUGGCACAGUUCAUUGGUGGAGAAAAAAUAUAUCAAUCUAUAGUUGGUUCCAUUAUUGAAAUUUACAAAUAUGAGGGUAUUAGUGGAUUCUUUAGUGGUUUACUUCCAAAAUUGAUAGGUGAUGUAGCCAGCCUUAUAUUGACAAGUACCACCGUAUUUAUGCUUAAUAAAUACUUAAUAAAAGAUAAAGUUGGUAGACAUUAUAAUUCUGGACUUACACAGUUUGCCAUUGCCAGUAUGUUGUAUCCUUUCCAAGUUGUUGCUAGUUGUAUGUGUGUAACUGGCUCCCGUCUUAUGGCCGCAAGUCCACCGAUGAUGCCGAUGUACAGAAAUUCAAUUGAUUGUUGGAACCAUUUAUCAUCACUGGGUGAACUUAAGCGUGGUAAUGCUUUCUUUUUGCGGUAUGUGCCUGGACCUAGGAAGAAUAAUUACAUUAGCCAAACUAAUUAUUCAAUUAUGCCACCAUUAAGUAAGAAGCAAUAGAUCACUACAAAAUUCGUUACAAAGAGUUCAAAAACUAUUUCAUGAAGUUUACAAUCAGAAGACAAUGCAUUUGGAAAAACAACAACAACAAACAUUUUAAAAAAAAAAACAACGCAUUUAUUUCUAAUAAUUAA